UUGAUUUUUCAGACAGGUGUGUCUGCAGCCACAUGAAGGUCUCUCAGAUCUCCAUCCACUUCCCCUGCUAUGCGUUCCUGAGCAUGCUUUCCUUCAUACAUCGAUUCAAGAUCCAGCCGCACAGCAAGGUGACAUGGGAAAUGACUCUGAGAUGCUUGUACAAAAUCCUCCACAACCAUUUCUGUUUUAUUUUCCCUCUCUCUGUCUUACACUGGUACUGGAGAUCAGUGUCAUCUCCUCCGCUUGCACCGGAUAUCUGGUCUGUUUUUAAGGAUGUUCUGGCCAGCCUCCUCCUCUUCGACGCGCAGUACUUUUUGUGGCACCUGCUGCAUCACAAAGUGUCCUGGCUGUACUUCACCUUCCACAAGGAGCACCACCUCUUCACCUCCACCUUCUCCUUGACCACUGAACACACAAGCGCCUGGGAAAUGUUGAGUCUCAGCUUCUUCACAACCCUGAACGUCGCCCUUCUGGGUUGUCACCCGCUCGCAGAGAUGCUGCUGUAUGUCACUCACAUGUAUCUCUCUGUGGAGGCUCACUCAGGAUAUGAGUUUCCCUGGUCGCCGCACAGGAUGGUGCCCUUUGGCCUCUAUGGAGGAGCUCGGCAUCACGAUCUCCACCACUUCAAAUCCAAAGUGAACUACGCGCCCUAUUUCACCCACUGGGACAAACUUUUUGGCAGCCUUCAAGGAGAAAACAUGCAACGAAAAACAAAGACUUUAAAACAGUUAUGAUUCCUUAUUUUUCUCCUUUUCUGUUAAGCUGUAUCACAUUCACAAUUAUAAAUACACACUUUUAACUUCAAUGUUUCAAGAUCUGACAUUUUUUCAGUAAAGAAACAUCAUCGUAUUUAUUCAUAUAUUUGUGAUGUAUCUAACUAUUGGUAACAGGAAGCUAAAAGUUCCUCAACUCAGCCUUUUUGCAUCCUGCACUGCAAAAACUGAAAUCUAAGUAGGAUUGCAUAUCUCAGAUAAGGGUGAAAUUUGCUUAGUUUUUGCGUGAUAAGACAGUUUUCCUCAGUACGCAGUUUUUAUGUUGUUUCACUUGUUUUGAGUGUUUUGGUCCUAAAUGAUCUAAGUAAGAUAUUACAGCUUGUUACUGCGAUUUU